UCUUCUAUCGACAAUCUUCCCUGAAAUCCAACCACCAGGCAUCUACUAGCCGUGUCUGUUGAGAUAUGCUACGCAUGCGCAGUUCCAACUUGCCGAAAUGCCGAUGUGGCUGCCGAGAUAUUAAACUUUUGUCUCGCCUGAAAGUUUAAGAACAAACUGUUGCGAUGAAACUUUAUAUCCUGGUUUUGUUGAGUGUCUUCUGUUCUGUUACAGCAGAAGAAGACGAGAGACUGCCGAAUAAAUGCGAAGUGUGUAAGUUUUUAACGGUGGAGCUGCAGGACGCGCUGGAGAAAACCGGUCGCUCCAAAGAAGUCCUGGAGGUCGGAGAGGUGCUGGACACGGGCAAGAGAAGAAGAAAGAUUAAAUACAACAACUCGGAAACCCGGCUGACUGAGGCGGUGGACGACAUAUGUGAACGCAUCCUUCAGUACAGUGUCCACGCAGAGAGGCCCGGCAGCCUCCGAUAUGCCAAGGGUACCAGUCAGACCAUGGCCACUCUGAAGAACCUGGUCCACAAAGGGGUUAAAGUGGAUCUGGGUCUGCCGUUUGAGCUGUGGGACGAACCCUCUGUAGAGGUGUCGGACAUGAAAAAACAGUGCGAGACGAUGCUGGAGCGGUACGAGGACGUCGUGGAGGACUGGUACUUCCAUCAUCAGGACCAGCGGCUGGAGAACUUCCUCUGUAAGAACCACGUCCUCAAGACCUCGGAACAAGAAUGUAUAAAGGAGGCGUGGAAAGGAGACAUGGGGACCAAAAGAGGGGACAAGGAGGCAGAAGGUGACAGCACGCAAGAGGAGGGGACAACGCAUGACGCUGGGGAGCUGUGAGGGAAAUGUUUCCA